GCCACCCUGGAAACAAGUUUUGCCUCAGAGAUGGAGAGACUUUGGUGGAAGAAGGAGGAGUGCGCGCGUCUGUCAUAGUUAUCUCAGGCUGCUAACAACACUGCAGUUUAAAUAUACAAGAAAUAUAUAUUGAAAAGGAAAGCUUUUGCAGCAUCUACACGAUUUUACCUACGUGGAAUCCCACAGGGAAAGGCGGAGAACCCUGGCUGUUUGUAAUCUUGAUUUUUGGAAGAGUGAAUUGAAAAGUUACAUUUUAAUCAGUGGUGUUUUUCUAGAUGAAAUAGACUUCCUCAACUUAUUCUAAAGUUAAAUCAUGAUGUGAGUGUCAGGAAAUGAAAAUCCAUUUAUAAAUAUCUGUGUUUCGCUUUUGGGUAUAAAAUUUCAAGCAGCCAGAGGCCUUGAUAACGCGAAUUAUUGGUGAUUAGUGCUGUUGUUAAAUUAACCUUGGAUUACCUCCUAAUGGACUACCUCCCAAGACAGCAGGGCUAAAAGAUGACAGUAUCGCCUGGAUGAAGAGGUGGAGGGUGGUGGCCCGCUCUGCAGGACCCGUAGUACCCGGCCUGUUGUUCCCGGCCCGCCCUCUGCUGCCCUAGAGCAGGCCCCGGGGCUUGGAAGGGACUAGACCAUGCUCUUCUCAACUCGCCUUCCAUCUCCUGAAGCAACAGGAGGAACCUCCUCCUCCUCCUCCUCCUUCACCUUGGCCGUCUACUACCACUAUCUCUCGGCAUCUCGCGAAAGCGCCUAAAAUCAAGAUAUGAAAAACAACGAACAGCCAUCAUGCACUUGGAAUCGGAUGGAGUGACAAGAUAGCCCUAAUGGCUAUUGUAGUGCAUGUCGACGACAUUAGAAAUAGAAAACUUCUGUUGUGCCAUAUAUAGAUAUUUUAUUUUUAAAAAGAUAGUAGAGAUAUUCUAUGACAUUGCGUACAAGUCAGCGCGAAAGUCCUCUCUAAGUAACCUCUCCUCCUUAUGUUAAAGAGAGAAAGAGGUGUACGGUAUCCCCUUUAUGUGUUAUGGCUCACUUGAUAGCGUGGAUAAACAUUGCGUUGGCGUUAUGGGUGGCCUCGGCUACAGCCUGGGCGGACAAGUCUUCGGAAUUCGGCAAGAUCAAAGGGAAAAUAUGCAUCGGGACUACAGGCAGGAUGUCUGUCCCUUCCAACAGGGACCAUCACUACCGGAAUCUCAGAGAUCGAUUCAUCAAUUGCACGUACGUCGAUGGCAACCUGGAACUCACCUGGCUGCAAGAUGAAAACCUCGACCUCUCCUUCCUCCAAUACAUUCGUGAGGUUACGGGCUAUGUGCUUAUUUCUCAUGUAGAUGUGAAGCAAAUAGUGUUGCCCUCGCUGCAGAUCAUCCGUGGACGAACCCUCUUCAAACUCCCUGUCGUGGAAUCCAGUUUUGCCCUUCUCGUUACUCUGUCGAAGAUGUAUACUUUGGAAAUGCCCGCUCUUAGAGAUAUUCUUGAAGGAAGUGUUGGGGUCAUAAACAACUACAACUUAUGCCAUAUGAAUUCUAUUAUCUGGGAUGAGAUUAUGACCAAUGGCAAGGAUCACAUCCUUUACAACUUUACUGAGCCUAGCAGAACUUGUCAGUGCUCCAAAUCCUGCACCAAUGGGUGCUGGGGUGAAGGCGAGGAAAACUGCCAGAAAUUCAGUAAAUUGACCUGUUCACCACAAUGCAGUGGGGGCCGGUGCUAUGGACCAGGACCUAGAGAUUGCUGUCAUCUGUUUUGUGCCGGAGGAUGCACAGGCCCCACCCAGAGGGAUUGUCUUGCUUGCACUAAUUUCUAUGAUGACGGAGAAUGCAAACUUGAAUGCCCUCCAAUGCAGAGGUAUAACACAAUAACAUAUUCUUGGGAAACUAAUCCAAAUGGCAAAUAUGCAUAUGGAGCAACAUGUGUGAAGAGCUGCCCCGAUCAUCUGUUGAAAGACAGUGGUGCCUGCGUUAGAUCAUGUCCAGAAGGCAAAAAAGCUGUGGAUGGAGAAUGUGUUCCUUGUAAUGGCCCAUGUCCAAAGUAUUGCAAAGGCGGUCAGUAUAUCCAUGCUGGCAACAUAGAUUCAUUUAAGGGUUGCACAGUAAUUGAUGGUUCUCUUACUAUUUUAGACCAUUCUUUUGCUGGUUUUCAGGAGGUUUACCCAAAUUUCACUUUUGGAGAGAAGCACCCAAAAAUGCAUCCAUCAAAGUUAGAGGUCUUUAGUUCACUCAAGGAAAUCACAGGUCAUAUCAACAUUCAGGCAUCUCAUCCAGAGUUUACUCAACUUUCCUUCCUUAGAAAUCUGGAAAUCAUUGGUGGACGGGACUUGACAGAGUAUUUCUCAUCACUUUAUAUUGUAAAAACAUCACUCAAAAGUCUGAAUUUUAGAUCACUGAAUAGAAUUCGAUCGGGGAAAGUGUACAUUUUAGAAAACAAAGACCUUUGCUUUGUAGGCAAAAUCAACUGGAAGAAAAUGGUUGGGAACAAUGGAGAUUCCAAGACAGAAGUGUUGCUACAAAAUAAUAAUGUUGAAGAGAGAUGUGUAGCAGAUGGCCUUGUAUGUCACAGUGAAUGUAGUAAUGAAGGUUGCUGGGGAAAAGGUGACGAUGAAUGUCUUUCUUGUAAGAAUUAUAAACUGGGAGAAAAAUGUAUCAAUAACUGCAAUCUUCCAGGUAUAUAUGAAAUGAGUUCUAAAAAUUGUGGUUUUUGUCACAAAGAGUGUAAAAGUACCUGUCAUGGACCAGACUCAAACAACUGUGAACAAUGCAAGAAUGCCCAAGAUGGGCCUUACUGCGUAGAAAGAUGCCCAGAGACGAAAUACAACGAUAAUGGGAUUUGCAGAUCAUGUCAUGAGAAUUGUGUGGAUGGUUGCUCUGGUCCUGAAAAUAACAUAGGCCCAAAUGGCUGUAUUUCUUGCAAGAAAGCUGUCAUUGACAGAGAUCUACAGGUCCAGUACUGUUUGCCUGAACAUGAGCCUUGUCCCAGUGGAUAUUUUUCAGAGUGGGUUGGACAUCAAGAAACUGGUGACCUUUUGCGCCUUGCUGGAAAAACUAUGUGUAGGCAGUGCCAUCUGCGCUGUAAAAAUUGCACUGCAUAUGGGUUCCACAUAAGUGUUUGCCAUGAGUGUGUCAGUUACCGGCGUGGAGAGCACUGUGAGGAUGAAUGUCCACAAGAUCAUUAUGCUGAUGAGAGCAAGCACGAAUGUUUCAAGUGUUCCUCUGAGUGCUCCAAUGGAUGCAGGGGACCCUUGGAUUCUCAGUGUGUAGCAUGCCGUAAUUACAGAAUAUAUUUAGAAGGCGAGCCAGGUAUGAACAAUACCAAUUUCAACUGUACAGCAUCAUGUCCAGGUGAACUUCCUUACAAGAUAUUUCCAGAGGAUGCUUCUGACCCUUAUUGUAGGAAAGACCCGCUAGUAUUAAUUGAUGAUGAAAGUAUACCUGCCAUUUUGGGUGGAACACUUGGCUGUGUGUUUUUGGUUUGCAUCUUCUUAGCAGUUUUUUGCUAUUUGUGGUGGCAACGAAAUAAGACUAAAGAGGCUGCCCUAAAGAUGACAAUGACCAUGAUGCCUUAUGAUGAUAAUGAACCUCUAAAACCAACAAAUAUAAAGCCAAAUCUUGCCAAGUUACAUAUAGUGAAGGAGGCAGAACUUCGGAAGGGAGGAAUACUUGGAUAUGGUGCCUUUGGAACUGUUUAUAAAGGAGUGUGGGUACCUGAAGGGGAAAAUGUCAAGAUCCCUGUUGCCAUCAAAGUUUUACGAGAGGGAACAGGAACAAAUGUUAACAAAGAGAUCCUAGAAGAGGCAUAUAUCAUGGCUUCUGUUGAUCACCCAAAUUUGCUGCAGUUAUUAGCUGUAUGCAUGACAACGCAAAUCAUGUUGGUGACUCAGCUUAUGCCCCUUGGCUGUCUCCUAGAUUAUGUACGCAACAACAAAGAUAAAGUUGGAUCAAAACCCUUAUUAAACUGGUGCACUCAAAUUGCUCGAGGAAUGGCAUAUCUUGAAGAUCGUCGGCUGGUACAUCGUGAUUUAGCAGCCAGGAAUAUUUUGGUGCAAACUCCAAAUUGUGUUAAAAUCACAGAUUUUGGUUUAGCAAAACUGCUAGAUUACAAUGAAGAUGAAUAUAAAGCUGCUGGAGGAAAAAUGCCCAUUAAGUGGUUGGCAUUAGAGUGCAUUCAGCAUAGAAUAUUUACACAUAAGAGUGAUGUAUGGGCGUUUGGUGUAACUGUUUGGGAGAUUUUAACUUAUGGUGGACGACCUUAUGAAGAUAUCUUGGCUCGUGAAGUGCCAGAUCUUUUGGAAAAAGGUGAAAGACUUCCUCAGCCUUCAAUCUGUACCAUUGAUGUUUACAUGCUCAUGAUUCGGUGUUGGAUGCUUGAUGCUGAGAGUCGUCCUAGUUUCCGAGAGUUAGCAGAUGAGUUUGCAAAAAUGGCCCGGGAUCCUGGACGAUUUUUGGUAAUUCCUGGAGACAGACUGAUGCGCUUACCAUCUUACACCCCUCAAGAUGAAAAGGAACUUAUUCAUUCACUUUCCUCUGCCAUUGAGGGUGAAGGGAUAGUGAUGGCAGCAGAAGAGUAUUUACAACCAAAGUGUAGCAGUGCAGUAAUGGGAGUGACUGGUACUACAACAACAUCAUCAAGUUCCACAUCAGAUCCCACCACACCAGUUAAAAAGUCAAUGGGUGGGUUAAACAGCAUUGAUGCUGGUGCAGAAUACAUAUCUGGAAGAGCUGAAUCUCCACAAAACCGACACAAUCUUCAGAGAGAAAGAAAAUAUGCUCACCUUGAAUCUGGAGCAGCAGGGUCCCCGCAACGUCCAAGAGGUGACUCGCUGUCCUCUCGCUAUUGCUCUGAUCCGCUGAAGAUGCUAGGUAAAGAUGCUGAUAUAGGAGAUGAUGAUUGUUUCAAUGACUGUGGACCACCACAUUCUGUCCCUGGAUAUGGCUGGGUUGGAGAUCUGAGACUUGACCUCCCUGUUGAUGAGGAUGAUUACCUUAUGCCUUCUCCACAACCUUCUGGUUUGGCUACAAUGGGCCCAUCUCACCAACAUUACAUGGAUCUUACAGCUGACUUAUCAGAUGGACGUCAGUAUCACGAUCACUAUAAAGGUAAAGGGACUAAUGGAAUACCUGCUGGGCCAGUUACUAACCAAGUUGUUGGUAUGGACAAUCCUGAAUACCACAUGAUGAAUAAUCGCGCUCACAUGUAUGCUGGACGUCGGAUCCAUCCACAGCAAAUGGUUGGUGUUCCAGUUCUAGAACCUGGACGUUUCAGUAACUAUGGCAGCAGUAGUGGUCAUAGCAGUGUUAGCAGUAAUGGCAUUUCACAACAUCCACCACCUUUAGACACACCACAUGAUUACUACAAUGAACUGGCGCCUCAUGCAACACAUUCACUUGCUUCACGUAGUGAAACAACUGUUUAAGUGCAAGUUUUCAAUCAUUCACUGAACCUCUUAGAACACUGUAUGUCAGACUGCUAAUGACAUUUAUAAGAGGUCACAUAAAAGUGCUCAAAUUUAUCUUAAAUUUCAUAAUACAGCAUUCACUCAGAAGAAUGCAGUACAAAAGGAAUGAUAUUGUGUUGUGAAGUUGUGCCGUAAAAAAUGCAGAAAUGAAAUUGGCCAGACUGGCAAUACACAUAAGCUGGGACCAAAGCGGACCAAUUAUACCUUAUUGAAAGUAAGUUGUUCACUGUGAAGUUACAAACCAUUUUAUUAAUGGUGUCUUAGCAAAGUUUCCUGUGAUUAAAAAUAUAGAAGGACCUACAAGGGAAACGUUCUGUUCCCUUUAGAGCUUACUUAAGCUCAGUUUUUUAUUCUGUGAUUUUAGUUUUUAUGGUGUAUGUAUUUUAUCAAGAUGUAUCAUCUAUACUAUGAGAUACAUUGGACAGUAUUGUAUGAAAACUUCCCACAAACAUUGAUUGUCUGGUGUUAUUUCUUGUUAUUAACAAAGUUUACCAUUCAACAAAUAGAUGGGAAUUUCUACUGGUAUCAACAAACAUGAGAGAUCAUAGUGUUAUACUCCUGAUUUAUAAAUAAUUGUUCUUAUAAAUUGAAGUAACUUUCUCAGAUAGGAUAAAUUUGUAUCAUACAAUGUAUAAUACUCUGAGAUUAUUGUAAAUUAUACUCUGAGAUUAUUGUAAAUUUAUAUGUUAAAACUGAUCAAACAGUACAUACAUAGUUGCCAAGUUUAAUUAUGAAUAUAAAAGUUGAGAAAAUAACUAGAAAUAUGGCAAAACUCACUGCAGUUACAAUGACUUAUUAUAGUGCCAAAAGUUUUUAAAAAUCUAAUCAGCAACCCUUUAUAAAGCAGACUGACCAGCUGUUGGCAACAGGAUUGCUUUUUAUUACAGCACAAAUAAAUCGGAUGAUAAUAUUUCUGAUUUAAUUAAGGAACAGGCAUUCUGAAACAGCCUUGAGAUGUUUGGAUUUCAGUUUUUUCUUACUGUUAUUUUGUAAUUUCUAUGUAUAUAUACUAUAAACUGUUAUUCUGUAGGAUGGAAUAUGUAAUUUCAACAAGUGCUGUGUUAGAGUACAAAACAUAUUUACGGCAAUAUCACCCAGUUGUUGAUGGUCAGUCUGCUCCAUUGCACAAAUGUUCUUGAUAACUCUUUCUUGUUAUUUUGUGCAAUAUCACGUGCAUUAGGCAAUUGCAAUUUAUGUAAAAUUUAAAUUAGAGGAUUACAUCAUCUGUUAAUUUUCCAAUGUAUUGUCUCAAUUUUUGGAAUAUCCCAGUGAGCUAUUUAAUAGCAUAACUUUUCCAUAAAAUUCUACAGUGUCCUAGUUUCCUUUUCUUAAAAUCACCUGUUACAUUCCUUUUUUACAAAUUGGGAAAUUCACAGACUACACUGAAGGUAAUUUAGUCAAGAAACAUUUGAGCAAUAUUUAUAAAUACCAGGACAAAAAAAAAUAGUUUAUGAUCAGUUAGUCUUUCUACAAAAGUCAGUAUUGUAUAUAAAAUUUCAGUCAUUAAAAAGUACUUUUCUGUAUAUUUUCUAUGCUAUUUCUUGUAAUCUUCAGCACAUACAUUGUACAAUAUUGCAUGAUAUAGUUGGCCAAAUGCAGACAUCACAAGAAGCCCAUUUCUUUGUAACAUGACCAUCAGUGUGGAGUCUGUAUAUGAUUUUUUAGCGUUUCCUGUGUCAGGGAUGUGUAAUAAUCAGUUUUAUUUUAUAUUUUAUUGUUAAAUAACUAUGACCAUGUUUUAAAAUUGACACGUCAUUCCACAGGGAUGAAUAAAUUUUUAUAUUUACUGGGGCAUUUGUCUCAAAAUCAUCCAUUCUUUUUUGUAUGAUUACAGACUAAGAAUGUUGAAGCCAUUUUAAUCAAAUAUUCUGUACAUCAUGUUGCUGUGCUGAAUAUUUAAAAUUAACAAAAUUUAACUUAUGUAAAUGGCUUGUAAAUACUGGCUUGAAAAUUGUGAUAAUUGAAUAGCAGAAUUUAUUCAGUAUUGUUAAUAGUUUUAUUUGUACUUAAUGGGAAUAUGUACUUAAUUAGUCUUACUUGCUUAACAGAAAUUAUAUUAUCAUGAACUAAACAGGAAAGGUAAUGUGGAUGCAUUCACAAAGUUUUCUUUCAGUAAUACAGCAUACAAAAUGUUAAUCACUUGUAAUGUUACUGCAUUAAUUUGUCAUGGCAGUUGUUAUAUGUUGCAGUAGCUAUCAGAAAGUGUAAAGGUUGUGGAUUGUUCAAUUAACAGAUAGGCAAGGAAGUGUACCUAGACCCAGGAUAUUCAAAUAUAUGGUCAGUUUGAA